AUGUUGCCUGUUUCCGCAACGACUUUUGCCGACGUUUCGCAGCUGUCGUCGUCCGAGCCUUUGCGAGCGAGAGGCAAAGAGCCUAUCUUCAACUCAAAACACCACUCAGCCAUCGGGGGACAGUUACUGCAGUCGGAGGUGAACGUUCUCCAAACGAUCGAUUAUGAGACGACAUACACAACAAACUAUGAUGUGAUGCAGUUUCUUCUCGCUUCUUUCAGGCCUUCGCAAACGGCAGAGGAACGGAUGGCCAUGGGAGCACACUGCGAAGACCUUCUUGAGCUGGCCAUGUUCACGAGCGGCUAUUUCAGUACGCCUGGGGCGUGUGCCGCUGGAGUGAUUGCUGUAGCAGAAUAUCUCUCUCCUAGAAGCGCGGACUCGGAUAGUACGGUCGCCAUAUUGAUGCAGCUGGCCGGCUAUGCGAAGGGUGAUAUCGAGCUAUGUGCUGUGCAGCUCAUCGACUACUUAAGCAGUGCAUACCGAGCAACAAACUGA